CAACCAGCGCAGCAAAGCUUUCCAGUGUUUACCGGGGAAGAAAAUCCCUGGUCGUUAUUAACUAGAGCAUAGUCACCAGUACUAGUUAUAACUAGCAUUAAGAGAGAUCGUCUGCAAGAUUACUGCCCUGGAUUAACUGGAAUAAGGCCUUUGUUCUCUAGUGCUAACCACCCGAUUUAUGGCUGCUGCUCAGUGAAGCUGGAUAUCCUGUGGCAAGUGACUCAUCUGACACGCCAAAGUCUUUCCACGUCCACAAGUUAAUCAAAAAACAGAUGAAGAGUGGAAGAAAGCAGGGACACUUUGUAAAUACAGCGUUUUGCUUUUGGGUAUCAUAAAAUUUGUGGUAAAUUCCAGCAGUCUUGACCAUGUCGGUGGAUAUGAAUAGCCAGAGCUCUGAUAGUAAUGAUGACUAUAAUGGAGACUCUGAGGAGGAGGAAGAAGAUCAGGGGGACAUGCGUGACUAUUACGAUGGGGUAGCGAGCGAUGUGGAACAGCAGGGUGCGGACGCCUUUGAUCCAGAAGAAUAUCAAUUCACGUGUUUGUCGUACAAGGAGUCAGAGAAUGUACUAAAUGAACAAGUUGACUCAAUGGCAGAUACUCUAAAGGUACAACCAUCUGUAGCCAAGCUUAUUUUAGUUAACUUCCAUUGGAAGACCUCUGAUAUUUCAGAAAGGCAUAAAUCUAACCCGACUCAGCUUCUGGUGGAAGCCAGAGUUCAGCCAAAAACCACAAAAAAUACAUAUAUCCAUUCUUCUCAUCACUGUGGGGUGUGCCUGCAGAAUGUUCGGAAGGAGAACUUGUUGUCCUUGCCCUGCCAUCAUCCGUUCUGCCGCAGUUGCUGGGAACAGCACAGUACAGUGCUGGUGAAAGACGGCAUUGGAGUCGGCAUAUCCUGCAUGGCGCAAGAUUGUUUGCUUCGAACGCCUGAAGACUUUGCUUUUCCCUUAAUCUCUAAUGAAGAACUAAGAGAAAAAUAUAGGCGCUACCUCUUCAGAGAUUAUGUGGAGAGCCAUUACCAGCUGCAGCUUUGUCCUGGUGCUGACUGUCCGAUGGUGAUCCAGGUACAGGAGCCUAAGGCUCGGCGUGUGCAGUGCAGCCGCUGUAAUGAAGUCUUCUGCUUCAAGUGUCGCCAGAUGUACCAUGCUCCCACCGACUGCACCACCAUUAAAAAGUGGCUCACUAAAUGUGCUGAUGACUCGGAAACUGCAAAUUACAUCAGUGCGCAUACAAAAGAUUGUCCUAAGUGCAAUAUUUGCAUUGAGAAAAAUGGAGGGUGCAAUCACAUGCAAUGUUCAAAAUGCAAGCAUGAUUUCUGUUGGAUGUGCCUGGGAGACUGGAAGACCCAUGGCAGCGAGUAUUAUGAAUGCAGUCGGUACAAAGAGAAUCCUGACAUUGUGAAUCAGAGCCAGCAGGCGCAGGCCAGGGAAGCCUUGAAGAAAUACUUGUUCUAUUUUGAAAGGUGGGAAAACCACAAUAAGAGCCUGCAGCUAGAAGCACAGACAUACCAGCGGAUUCAAGAAAAAAUCCAGGAACGUGUUAUGAAUAAUUUGGGAACGUGGAUUGACUGGCAAUAUUUACAGAAUGCUGCCAAGCUGCUUGCCAAGUGUCGGUACACCUUGCAGUAUACGUAUCCAUACGCAUACUAUAUGGAGUCUGGGCCCAGGAAGAAACUGUUUGAAUACCAGCAAGCGCAGCUGGAAGCAGAGAUUGAGAAUCUGUCCUGGAAGGUAGAGCGAGCAGACAGUUAUGACCGAGGGGAUCUAGAGAAUCAAAUGCAUAUAGCAGAACAGAGGCGUAGGACACUGCUUAAAGAUUUUCACGACACAUCAGACUAAAGGAGUCCUUUGGACGUGGUGACACAUUGAAUAAGGCCUUGGCUGGGGAAGAUGAAGAAAUACUGGCUUUAGUUCCUUGUUUCUUUUAUCAUCUGUCAUCCUUUGGUUUUCUUUUGUUUGUCGGAAUAGUCAGCAACACUCAUGGAUGGUUCCAUUCAUGAGCUAUGAUAGUGUUAGACUUUUUUUUUAGAGAGAAAAAAAAGAUGUAUUUCUUUUUUUUAAAAAAAAGAAUGUGUUAACAUUGAAAAAGGAAAUUGUUAAACCUUUUAAGAAGUCUUGGCUUUUACAAACACUUUCACAGAGACUGGAAGAACUGCAGAAGCCUCAACGCCCCACAGACUUUUAAUGUAAGUUUUCACUAGAACAAGAAUAUUUGGGACAUCUGAGGCACAACCUAAUUAUAUCGUGCACACUGGCACCAAGGCACGCUGCUUAAGCGACGGCUGGGAAUUGAAAACUGCUUAAAGAGGAGUCGUUUGGGAAUUAUUUGGUUUUCUGGUAUCUUGCUUUUAACGUUAGUUGCCUGCUUUGGCUGGGAACAAUUUUAUUUCUGUUUGAUUUGAGGGGGAAUGAUGUCAACAUAAAUUUACAUGUAGAUGAAGGAGGUGACCUGUCUUUGUGACAUGUAGUGAACUUCCUAAUACCUUCUGGAGAGCACACAAAAAAAAUCCCCUGCAUUCUCCCCACAGUCAAAAGGGAAAGUGACAAUUACGUAAGUAAGUAUGCUGUUAGUAUCUCUUAUUGUGAGCAGAACAGCUGAUGACUUAUACUGGCAAUGAAAUACCUGACUCACUAAGUAUGCUGUUAGUAUCUCUUAUUGUGAGCAGAACAGCUGAUGACUUAUACUGGCAAUGAAAUUCAUGAAUGUUCAUGAGCUUCAUGAAAUACCUGACUCACUCCCCCCCCCCCCCCCCCCCCGCACUCUACCAUGCAACAGCAGUUUGUUACAACCUUGUUAUCUGAUCAGCAUCAACAAUUUUUAAAAUAGUUUAUACCUUUUUUAAAAAGAAAAAAAAGUUUUGAGCUUUUUCCCCAGACCCACUUCUUGUAACGGUUUAGUGAUGUACUUACUAUUGGUAAAAUGGGGUCCUGGUUGUGUAUGUGGGUUACCAGGAUAUAUAAGUAUGUUUUUAUACAUUUCAUAUUUGUCACACUACCUCGAGUGCAUUCAGCAUUCUGAUCCACAAUGGUAAGAAGAGUGAAAAAUUCAUAUUUGUUUUGCUCGGGGUUGGUGAGUAGGGGAACUAUUUAUGAUGUGAAUCUUUUCUCCUCUCUCCUCUUCCCCCUCCCUCCUCCCCCCACCCCCCCCCCCCCAACGUUGCAGCUGAGAGGUUGUGUAACUGCUGUAAUGUUUUCAACUAAUUGUGCUUUGUGCAGCAAUAGAACCACUGUAUCCUCGUUACUAGUAUAAAAGACUAUUUAAUUCCACUGGCUUGCCAUUGUCUGAAACCUUGCUGACCUUUUUCUACUCAAGUGGCACCUUCCCAAGUGUGAUGCCGUGCUCUGCGUUUGUGCUGAGCGCUGGGUGAAUUUGAUCUUGCCAUUUGUUUCCAUAUUGACUGUUUUGUCUUGAGGCUGACCAGUGAUGAUGCUCUGUGAAGGUAGAUGGCACCUGGCACCAGUGAUGAUCUAGCCACAUGCCUUACUGGCAGGCAUCACCGUAACUGUGGGUCAGCUGAUGCAGGGUGUGGCAGUGAUGUUGACCACUGUUUGAUUUUAAUUUUUCUUCCUCUCAAAGAUAGUUUGGAAGUUUAGCUCCCUUGAGAUCCAAUUUCUGGUUUUCCCCAAUGGCAAGGAACUCUUUGCAAGCAAUAAAAAUGUUUUUUCUAUUCUGCAGCAUAACUAGUUGGAAGAUUUCAACAAGUAAUUUAAUUUUGAGCUUGUUACUAUGCAUGCUCAAGGUUUGCAGUGUUACUGAAACCACUUGAUUGAAUUAUUACCUUGUAGCUGCUGCCCUAUUAUCCCGAAUGUGAGCUGAAUCACAUGGAUAACAUUGAAUAAAUCUCACAGCUAUGUAGAUUAAAUCUUAA